AUGAAUGAUGAAUGGAGAAGUGGUGUUUACAACAAACAACCAGAGGAGAAGGAGAACAUUAGAAGAUCUCCUCCAGAACCACAACCAUUACAACUAAAAUCGAUCGAUGCUAUGAAAGUAACAGACGAACUCAUCAACAAGAAUGGAGUAUUUUCAAGUAGAGUACCUCUUGCCGAUCUCAUUUCAAUUUUGGUUGAAGAAUGGGAAACUGAAGAAAUGAUGGAUGCUCAUUAA